GUUGCUGCGAUACCAGCGGUGUGGUGUGUGGAGAGUUCAUGGCUGCCUGGGACUCCGAAAGAAGUUUGAAAAGAAACAAAUAUGGCCAGCAGUCACAGACCUCCAAUAGCUCGUUCUUCUUCAAGAGCAGGGAUAGGGUUGACCACAAGGCCUACCACUUCAUCAAGGACUCCAUCAGCAACCAGAAUAGGAACAGGGAUGCCUCCUAGUACAUCAAGACCUGUUUCUCGUGGUGGCCCUUCAGCUACUGGAGGAGUCUUACCGUCUCAGAUUAAAGUUGCAGACCGUCCAGUGACUCAACAUGGUUUAAGUGGAAUGAAAACUGCAAUGAAAGGUCCUCAGAGACAGAUAAUGGAUAAAACAUAUUACCUUGGUCUGCUGAGAAGCAAAACAAGUGAACUAACAACAGAAAUUAACAAGCUGCAGGAAGAAGUAGAAAUGUACAAGCAAGAGAAAUCUGUUUACUUAUCAUAUGAAAAAAGGGCAGAGGCUCUAGCUGGAGAAAUCAAAGAAUUUCAAGGUCAGCUAGCAGACUACAACAUGGUUGUGGAUAUACUUAAUACUGGUACAGAUAUGGCAGAAGUGAUUCACGAUUACAAUAUGUUAAAGGUUCAGAACGACCAAGACACUCAGAGUGUGGAUAAAAUUUUCACAGAAAGACAAACCACAGAAAAGUUAAUUCAGAAUGUAGAAGAAGAUAUCGAACAUGCAAAGGUUGUAGCAGAAGACAUAAUAAAAGACAUGUCAAAGGAAAAUCAAGCUAAAUACGUGGAGAUGAAGGCUGCAAAUGAAAAACUCUCUCAGGAAUUGGUUGUUCAACAGCAGGAAUUGGAUGCACUAAAUACAAAGGAGGAGGCUCUAAGAGCUGAAAUAGAACACUCUCAGGUGAAAAAGGAGGCUGUGCAAAUGUAUGAAAAGCUCCAUGAGCUUGAGGAACGUCGAGAUCAAAUGAUUGCUGAGGAUAAGAAUAUGGAAUCUCCGCAGGAGGAAAGAGAAAGGUUACUAAAGCAAGUUAAGGAUGACAGUCAAGAAAUAGCGAGUAUGGACAGACAGCUGGCAGAAGUAAAAGAAAAAACAAACCACUUUAAAAAGAUCAUACAACGACUUGAUAUGGACCUGGAGAAUUAUGAAGGAGAAGAAAAUUGGAGAUACAAAGAGCUGAAGAAGAGGGAAGAAAGCAUGGACAAUUUUUUUGAGACUUUUGAAGAGGUGAAGAAUCAGGAAUUGGAACGAAAAGCCCAAAUAGAAGCCAACAUUGUUGCACUCCUGGAGCACUCAAGCAGGAAUGUGAAUCGUAUGAAACAAAUUUCAUCUGUUACCAAUCAAGAACUGAAGAUUAUGCAGGAAGACCUCACUUUUAAAUCAAACGAAAUGCAGAAAUCACAGAGCACUGCUAAGAAUCUGAUUACAGAAAGCCAGAAACUGCAGAUGGACCUACAGAAGGUGGAACUCUUGGAGGGCAAGAUGGUUGAUGAACUAGCUUCUCUUCAAGACAAAAUAGAACAAACAAAAAUGGAUUUGAAGGUCUAUAAUAAUUUGCCAGCUCUGAAAGCAUCAGGAGAAGAGAAGAAACAGAAACUCCAGGAUGACAAAGAAAAAUUAACAAAACGAACCCAUGCUUUCAAGAAAAUAAUGGAACACUUGAAUAUGGAGUAUGAGGCAGUAAAGAGAGAGCUGCAAGAGAAUGAGACUCAUUCUCAGCUUAUAAAUUUGGAGAGGAAGUGGCAGCACCAUGAGCAAAAUAACUUUAUGAUGAAGGAAUUCAUAGCAACAAAAAGUCAGGAGAGUGACUACCAGCCAAUAAUGAAGAACGUGAGAAAGCUGGUUGCAGAAUACAACAAAGCUCUCAUAGAAGCUUUACAGAACACCAAGAACUGAAUCCAGGCACUUCCUUCCUGCCCCAGUGGACCAACAAUGAAAGAUGUCCACAGCCAGCAUGGAAAACUAGAUUGCUGAACUCAUUCAUUCACCACUAUGGCAACAGACUCUUAAAAGUAGUUCUUCCAGGUUUUUAGAAAUCACAGUUUUUAAUACUGUUCCUCUUUUGCAAGUUAGUUAAAAAUUUUAGAAAUGAACUUCUGAAUUUUAUAAACUUGUAGAAAUAAAAAAGAAAUACUGCACAAUGAGUGUAAAAUAAUCAGAAUAUUUUACUGAGGCCCAUUGCUGGAUUGAAAUGGGAAACUUUAGCCUGCUUUACACAAUGGAUCUCUAAUUGUCUUGUAGGCCUGUUGCUGCCAAACAUAAAGGGAGUUUUUUCCUUGAAUAAGGAUUGCCUGGCAGGCUGUCAUACACAUUAUCUUAAAUGAAGUGUAUGAUAAGAUUAAUGGUAAUAUAGCAUCCCUAUUUAAACAGCAUUUUAUGACAGGGAAGGAAAACAUCUAAGGAGGACAAGCAUUCUUUUGAGUCAGAAUUGCUUUAUAUUAUAAAUGUCUUAUAAUAAAAUAGUCUUACAAUAAAAGCAAAUGUACUUUA